AAUUCGCGCGCUCCUCAACUGAGAUACGAUUUGAAUUUUGUUGUUGUUGUGUUUUUUUUUUUUUGGUUGUUGUUGUUGGAUUUAUAAUCGAUUCACGCACGGAAUAAUAAUGUCCUAUCUCGGCAACGCAUCGGACGUGGAGUGUGAAAAGAACGAGUUCCCCAGGCCCCGCCCCACGGGCAUCGUCACCAAAAUGGCCGCCCACAAACUGUCGUCGGAGCCGAAGUGGGCCGACAAACGGGAGGAUGAUUCCGAUUCCGAAGUCUCGUCGCCCGACAAUUUCCUCACCAAAGGAGCAUUUCUAUUGACACCAUCGUAUGAACUAUCCAUGGAACGAGCCGCAUUGAUAUGCGAGAAGAUGAGUUUCAAGGGUUGCUUCAGCUUGACCAAAACGGCAACUGGAAUUCUAUUUAAAUUCUCACAUCCAGAUGAUUAUCAGGCGGUGUUCAAGAAGGGAUUCCACAAGGUGACCGGAGCGCGCUUCUAUCGGAAAGUAAGUGAAAGACCAAAUACUCUUGCUUAUGCCUAAAUAUGUAGAUAUCAUAUGUAUAG